ACAAGGAGCUGACCACAGAGCAUUUGUCUUUCCGGCUUAAUAGUCUCAAGCAGAGGAGAUAGCAGCUACUCCAGCUGUUCACCUUAUUUCCUUGGGAGAUGAUGCAAAGUGCUUUAGUUGGAUCUUGGUACAACUCUGGUUUCUAUGGCCACUACAGAGGCCAGUUCAAGUGUGAACUUGCUCAGGAUUACCGCCUAGCAGCCAAGCCCCAGCCUCCAGCAGUGUUCCUACAAAGAAUUAAGGAACCACCAGGACAACACUUAUUCUCCAAACAUGACAAUCGUGGUAUCUUUGAUCCCGGAAUAGGGAAACGGAAAGCUUGGGAGAAGCUCAAGAAGAAAUGCAAUGUUUUCAACUGGCCUCCUGAAGCCCAGGGGCCCCUUGUUUCCAGUUACCAGAAAGACUACUACCAGAAGGAGUCAGGUGGUGGCAUGGAUGGACCAAUUCUUCAGCCACUAGUCCACUAUCUUCAGUCUGGAGCCCCACAGUCCCUGGACUUUCACCAAAUACCUAGCACCACCUAUCAGCACAACUUCUGUCAUCAACUUGUAAGCCAGAUGCCAGAUGAGAAGUUUAGAAAGGAAGUUUCUGAGACCAAGGAAAAACUGGGGACUUCCCAGAUUUCUGAGUUCAGGGGAAAACUGGGGAUUUCCCUUUGCCCUACCCCCAGUGCUCUGUCCCAGGCUCUGCCAGAGCUCCCUGUUACAGUGAAUCGUAACAAAGCGGAGCCCUUCCUGCAUUUCACUGUCUCUGACUGUUUACGUUGGCUUGACCCAUUAAAGAAAGUAGGUUAGAACUCAUCCUUUGCCAAAGCAACUAGCACACCAGCCUGUUUUUCCUCCUUUUCCAGCAGAAUCCUUCAAAGGAACGAGGAUUUUUAGCGUGGAAAAGAAAAGGCUUACAGAUUCGUCACACAUUUUGAAGCCUGCUAUGUGGCAACGGGAUCAGACAGACUUUUGUUCUAUCUGCCCCAGAGGGCAAAACUAGAACCACUGGGUGACAGAUUCAUCUUGAUGGCAGGAAACCCCUGGAACAAUUAGAGCUAUCCCACGGUAGACUGGGCUGCCCAUCACUAGGGAUCUUCAAGUAGAGGCCAACGGGUUGUUGCAGAAGGGAGUCCUGUUCAGCCAUGGGUUGGCCCUAACGUCCUCCGAGGUCCCUUCCAAAUCUAACAACCUGGAAUUCUUUGAGAAGCAUGCCAGCAGCAGGGCCAGAGCCCAGCAAAAGCUCCCCCAUUCUCAAGCUCCCACGCCUACCCUGGCGCUGCGAAUCAUGCUGUGGGCAGGGUUCAGUUUUUGUGAGAUACUCCUAUUAGGAAUGUCAAAUCCACAGUCAACCUAUGGAAAUAGGAAUUGGAUCCCAAGGGAGUGGGGCAGUGCCUUUUCCACGAACCAUCUCGUGACAGAAACCUGGCCCAACAUAGGAGGUUGGAAUGAAUAAAGGAGUGUGGAGUGGUACAGACAGCAAUAUCCAGUGGGGAGGGAGGGGGUACUGCCAGAACACAGGCCCGCCAGCAGCACUAGCUUGCUGUAUUUGGUAAUUCUCAUCACUCUGCCCCUGACUCCCACAUGAAACAGCUGGAGGAAAAGCAGAACUUUCAAACUACAUUCAGGAAUAACUGAGACAUUUGUUGGGGAGGACCAGGUCCCCUUUGUGGCUCAGACCUUCAACCUCUGCCCACUGGGAGAAGAUGGAGGAUGAAGGUCUGACCUAGGGAUCAAACACUAGGCUGUUGACAUAAGUAGUUCAUGAGCAGUCUGGCCAAUGUAGGAAGAGCAUUGUGUUUCCUAGACAAGGGGACUACGCUCUCUCUGGCACCCAUAGUCUCCUUCCAAAAUUACCCCCCCAAAAGGGGGACCAAGGUCCAAAGAUGAGAGACCUCAAGAUUGUCCAAAAUCUGAAGGGUUGCUGUACCACUCUAAGCUUGCAUUGCAAAGAGCUUUUCCAUCUGUUUUCUCAUGGACCCUCACAACAUGCCUAUGUGGUAGAAAGGAAAGUUUUUAUCCCCAUGUGACAGAUAAGGAAACUAAGCAUCUAAAAGGUCAGUAGCGCCCAGGUCUCCUGCUUAUACUCCAGAUAGCCUUUUACAAAUAAGGUAAUAUCAUAAUGAAAGAACAUAACAUCACAAGACCCACGCCAGAGAAUACCUUCCUUGGGACAGAACAGAGAUGGCUGCAGAAGUUUGACAAGCUAUCGUAUGAGCCUCUUGCCAACCCACUGUGUUACUAAGCAAGAGACCUGGUCACUAGUCCUCUAGCCUGGCUGAGGGGUCCCUAGCUGAGCACAAAGCAUUAGGAAGAUGCACCAGGCUGUCCAUACAGGCCCCAAGGCUUGAAUCCUAAAGAAUCAGGAAACAGGUUUCUGGUUCUAGUUGUCCUCCCCUUGACUGGUCCGUGGGAGAGAAUGGAGAAAAGCAGAGACCGCAGAGUAAUCAACACCACCAUGCACUUCAGUAGUCUUCAUAUUUCACGUGAUGACAGCCUGGAACCUCACAACAGCCCUGUGAGGUAGGUGGGGCAGCUUAUUAUAGAUCCCCCAUGUCAUGAAAGGGAAAGCUGAGGCACGACGAGCUGAAGUGACUUGCUCAAAGUCACCCCACAACCACUGGUGGAAUGGGGAACUAUAACCAAGCUCUCUUAACCAGUGCCAAUUCUCUCCACCUUCCCCCAGUACUAAGAAAAGCGACGUCUUUGGGCAGGAUAAAACUAAGCUCUCCCCCACCCAAGAGCAUCCCCCCCCCACAUACACACCACAAGCCUUUUGCUCCCUCAGCACAAACCGUUCCACUGAGUGUUGUGUGUUUACAGUGUUGUGUUUACAGUGAAGGCCAGCUUUAUUUAGGAGGCGCAGGUGUGCCAGGCCACCUCCUUGUAGGCACUAAACUAGGGAGGAGUUCCUAUUGGGUCCCAUGGGCUAUUCCUGAUUCUUGUUCAGCUUAGGCCCACAGGGGUGGUACAGCUACUAAGGGCCACAGCAAGGAGUCGCUGUGGCCUAACUGGGUCAGGACCACAUCAGGGAAGGGCAAAGGGAGUGUAGGGACGUGGAGGAAACUGUUGGCCUCCCACUCCCAGAAAAGUUGGAGCCCUAGAGCCCUGGUGCUCAAGAUGUGUUAAUGGGAAAGACAGCUCAGUCCCUGGGUAGCCAGCUUGACUUUCUCUCACCUCCUCCCCUACCCACCCUACACUCAGGGUGGUAGUGGGCGACUCUCAC